AUGGUGAAGCUGUCCUAUGAGAACUAUAUGAACCUAUUACUGCACCUGGAUCAUGGUGAUGAUCGAGUACCUGCGGACAUCGCCAAAAGGAUAGUCUCCAACGCUAUUUCACCGGUGAUUUGUGUAACCUCGACUCCGGAACUUGAUAGGCAUAUCCAAGAAACUCACCAUCUAGAUUCCCUGUACAUGCUGCUGAGGUUUUUUGGCGAUUGUGUUGGCGAUAGAGAUCAGGCACACGAGUGCACGUCUGCCGGAAGCCCAUCAGGAGACGACCGAGCUGAAAAAUCAUCUUCAUCAACCUUAGCUGUAGCGAGUGGCCCUAGUCGAAAGAGAUCCAACAGCUUAUUCCAACGAGAUGCCACGCAAUCACAAUACAUAAGGUUCACAAGGCCGUUGAGGGACCUUGUGGAAUCAGCAGACACAAAUGAUAUGCUUUUCGAUUAUCAUACACUGGAAUCAUUUCUAGAGAACAUUCUAUUGCUGAUAGAAAAAAGUACAAAUGAUAAAACACCCCAUAAGCUACUCAAGAAGUCACUUUACCAUAGAUUUUUCUCACUGGCGAUAUCUUCAACAGCAUACCUCUCUCCAUAUGAAACCUUUAACCAUCCUGUAGUAUCCCUAAUUGCAUUGGACAUCCCAAUAGGACAAGGUUAUGAGGAGGCAAGAGAUCUUUUGACAAAAUUCAAGAACCUCAAUCACACAACAAAGAACUUCCCAGUAUUUCUAAAUACGAAUGAUGUUUUGCCUGUAUUUUUACUAUGCUACAACGGUGAUUCAGAAGAGCAGUAUGAAAUCUGUCAGUCACUGACUAAAAAACUCAAGAAACAACUUUUCGUGGAAGGGAUACUCUUACCCUUGUGGAAGGAUAACUACAAAACGGCGACGCAAGUGAUCCUCCACCAGCCAAUAAUGACUUCUUUAGAUGAAGUGCUGUACUUUCUCCGUGAACCAUCGAGGAUCGAAUUAUCACUUGAACUGAUUAACUCCAUCUACGACGUACUGGAAAUAUUAAUUAAUGGGCUAAUGAUACCUUUUAUGCAACGAAAAAUCUCAUUUUGGGAAGAGACUAUUCUGCAGCCUCGAAGAUCUUUAUUUCAUGGUUCAAAAUUUCUAAAAAGAUUCAUGUCAAAGACAACAAGUGGCACCAACAUACACCAGCAAGCCUCCAUUGCAAAGGACGCCAAUGGCAAAGAGUAUUUUGUAUCUUCGUCUGCAGAGUUCUUGAUGCGGAAGCUAGCAGAUUGGUCCAUGAUGCUUUCCGAUUACAAAACUGCCUAUUCCACCUACGACUCAUUAAGCCAUGAUUUAGAGCACUACCCGAAGUAUCUGGCAUCCUGUUUAGAAUGGUGCUCGGUAUCUGUUUUGAUGGGAGCCCAAAAUAUUGUGACCGCUAAGAUGCUCAAGACCGACAUUGAUCCCUUGAUUCAAAGAGCUGUAGAAACCUACGAAAAUUGUGCAUUAUAUGAUACCCAGCUGAGUGGCAGUAAGAAAAGUAAUUCUAUGGCUCCUGUGCGGUCUUAUGAGACUAGGUGCAUGUUUUUAGCAUCCGAACUGUUUUUGUCUCUAAGUGACACAUGGACAUCCACGCCUUACGCUUUGCGCAACCUCGAAACAAUUUUAGCCGAAUGUAGGCUCGGACCUUGUUCGCAGAUCAUGAUAUGGGAACGACUGAGUAAUUGUUAUCAACAAAGAAUUGAUCACAGGAUUCGACAUAAAGUGAACGAUGGAGCUAUGAGUAAUGAAGAAAAGGUGGAGAAUGAAGAUGACAGUGAAAAGGAGCAUACGCAUGCAGACAUUGUCACACGAGGAUUGACACGAAUGCGUAAAGCUGCAUUUUUCCAAUUGAUCGCUGCCAAUAAAUGGGCGGAACAAAAGCAGUGGAGACAGGCGAGCUGGUGCCUGAAAGAUACAGAAGAUGCCUACGCUGGAAUUGAAUUUGUCAACAGAAAGGACCUUGCUCUAGCAAAGCUCAAAGAAACACUGAAGAAUGUUGAAAUAGAUUCGAGAACCAUUGCGCCACCGAAAGAUCAAGUACAUGUUGAAGAAAAAGUGAUUACAGAUUAA